AUGCCUUUCCGAGACGACGAGCUGAGAUUCAAGACCAUCACAUUGCCAUGCGAGUGGAUUGAAGACUACCGGCCGGGCAGCUAUCACCCAGUAAGCCUCGGAGACGUAUUCAACGAUGGACAGUACAAGGUCAUGCGCAAGUUGGGCGAGGGCUCAUUCUCAACUGUGUGGCUGGCCAACGACUUACGAAACAAAAACUACGUCGCACUGAAGAUUGUUGUCUCUGCAGUCUCUGGGCAGAUGAACGAGGAGCGAAUAUUGAGUUGCCUUGCCACAUUGCCAGAGGGCAAACGAUACACUACGCAGCUUCUAUCCGAGUUUGAGCACAAGGGGCCUAAUGGCAACCACAAAUGCCUCGUAUUCGAAAUCAUGGGACCAAACGUGAACGUAAUGGUCGAGGAGCUUCCCCAGUUCAAGCCCCGGAAGCGCGAGAUGAGGGUUCGUUACCCGCCCACGAUGGCCAAGAGCAUCCUGAAGCAGUCGCUGCAGGCGCUGGCGCUCCUCCAUGCAAACGGCAUUGGCUGCGGGGAUUUUCAACCUGGAAACAUGCUAUUUGGCAUAGACGGCAUUGAGUCCUUGACAGAGGACAAGCUUUGGCAAGAGGAAGGGACCGGGGCAGCGCAAGCCUCUCAGGUUGUGGGAAGGCUAGACGGUAAAGAUGACCUGUGGGCGCCGUCCCGCCUGUAUGUAGCGCAACCUCUUGCACAAUUCACGUCGUAUGACAACCGGCUCAAGAUCAAGCUGUCCGACAUGGGCGGAGCCUAUUUUCUAUCUGACCCGCCGUCGAAACUGAUCACCCCUCACGGCCUGCGGGCGCCUGAGCUGGUCUUCGCCGGGAAGACGGGCGCCUCGCUCGAUGUUUGGAGCUUCGGCUGUCUGCUGUUCGAGCUCAUCACCGGAGAGCCUCUCUUCUGCAUCGUCGGUUCCGGGCACGAAGAUGACGACCUCGCUCUGCGGUUCAUCAAUCGACUGGGCGCGCUGCCGGACGAGUACUACCAGGCCUGGAAAACGCUGGCCUUGUACGUCAAGCCGGACGGGACGCUGUUCAACUGCAGGCUCGGUGGCGUGCGGGCUGGUGAGGAGCCACUGAUGAUGCCGCAGCAAAGUAUGGAGGAGGUCUUUGACGAGGCUAAGCCAGACCUCGACGAGGAUGAGUGUGCUCAGGUAAAGGAGCUCAUUCGGUGGAUUCUACAGUACGAUGCUGCGAAGCGGCCUUCGGCUGAAGCGAUUUUGCUUCAUCCAUGGUUCCAGGCGAUCAGGUUGGCAGACGAUUUGUAG